UUCCGGGAUAAGAUGGCGCCAUCCACGCCGCUCCUGGCUGUCCGAGGAUCAGAAGGACUCUACAUGGUGAAUGGCCCCCCACAUUUUACAGAAAGCACAGUGUUUCCAAGGGAGUCUGGGAAAAAUUGCAAGAUCUAUACCUUCAGUAAGGAUGGGACCUUGUUUACCUGGGGCAGCGGAGAAAAAGUAAAUAUUAUCAAUGUCACUAACAAGGGACUGCUGCACUCCUUCGACCUCCCAAAGGCAGUUUGCCUUGAGUUCUCGCCAAAAAACACUGUCCUGGCAGCGUGGCAGCCUUAUGCUACCUCUAAAGAUGGCACAGCUGGAAUACCUAACCUACAACUUUAUGAUGUCAAAACUGGAACAUGUUUGAAAUCCUUCAUCCAGAAAAAAAUGCAAAAUUGGUGUCCAUCCUGGUCAGAAGAUGAAACUAUUUGUGCCAGAAAUGUUAACAAUGAAGUUCACUUCUUUGAAAACAACAAUUUUAGUACAAUGGCAAAUAAAUUGCAUUUACAAAAAAUUAAUGAUUUUGUGUUAUCACCUGGACCCCAACCAUACAAGGUGGCUGUUUAUGUUCCAGGAAGUAAAGGUGCACCUUCAUUUGUUAGAUUAUAUCAGUAUCCCAAUUUUGGUGGACCUCAUGCAGCUUUAGCCAACAAAAGUUUCUUUAAGGCUGAUAAGGUUACAAUGCUACGGAAUAAAAAAGCUACUGCAGUGUUGGUAAUAGCUAGUACAGAUGUUGACAAGACAGGCGCUUCCUACUAUGGGGAACAAACACUGCAUUACAUUGCAACAAAUGGAGAAAGUGCUGUAGUACAAUUACCAAAAAAUGGUCCCAUUUAUGAUGUAGUUUGGAACUCUAGUUCCACUGAGUUUUGUGCUGUUUAUGGUUUUAUGCCUGCCAAAGCAACAGUUUUCAACUUGAAAUGUGAUCCUGUGUUUGAUUUUGGAACUGGUCCUCGUAAUGCAGCCUUCUAUAGCCCUCAUGGACAUAUAUUAGUGCUAGCUGGAUUUGGAAAUCUGAGGGGACAAAUGGAAGUGUGGGAUGUUAAAAACUACAAACUUAUUUCUAAACCAGUGGCCUCUGAUUCUACAUAUUUUGCUUGGUGCCCAGAUGGUGAGCAUAUUUUGACUGCCACGUGUGCUCCUAGGUUACGAGUUAAUAAUGGGUACAAAAUUUGGCAUUAUACUGGCUCUAUCUUGCACAAAUACAAUGUGCCAACAAAUGCAGAAAUUUGGCAGGUUUCUUGGCAGCCAUUUUUGGAUGGAAUAUUUCUGGCAAAAGCAAUAACUUACCAAGCAGUUCCAAGUGAAGUACCCAGUGAGGAACCUAAAGUUACAACAGCUUAUAGACCCCCAGCUUUAAGAAAUAAACCAAUCACCAAUUCCAAACUGCAUGAGGAUGAACCACCUCAGAAUAUGAAGCCACAACCAGGAAAUGAUAAGCCAUUAUCAAAAACAGCCCUUAAAAAUCAAAGGAAGCAUGAAGCCAAGAAAGCUGCAAAGCAGGAGGCAAGAAAUGACAAUCCAGAUUUGGCACCUACUCCUGCCCCACAGAACAUACCGCGAAAUACUGUCUCUCAGUCAACUUCUGGAGACCCUGAGAUAGACAAAAAAAUCAAGAACCUAAAGAAGAAACUGAAAGCAAUUGAACAAUUGAAAGAACAAGCAGCAACUGGAAAACAGUUAGAAAAAAAUCAGCUGGAGAAAAUUCAAAAAGAGAAAUCCCUUCUGCAAGAGUUGGAAGAAUUGGAAUUGGGUAUUUAAAGAGUCACAGAAAACAAGUUGGUUACCAAAAAUCGGUGCAAACACGUCUUAUGUUAAACGCAUUGGUGUACAUGGAGUAUCCAUGUACUCAAAUGUUCACCUGUGAUUUUAACCAUUUAUCCAAGACUCUGCAUAUGUGUGAAAAUAUUUAAUAAUGUCUGUUAAAUUGAAUUCUUCUAUCUGUUAAUACAUGAUUUAGAAAAGAGACUCAUGAAUUUUUAAGCUAAGCUUGACAUAUUGAAAGAUAAAUGUCAUUCUUUUUUAGUGGGAAACAGUAUUUACCAUAUAAAUGAAUAAA